AUGUCUCUUUUCUACAUAUUCGCCGUUCCCCUCUCCCUCAUCAUUCUAUACCUCGCCUGGUACCUGCACGUCCCAUGGAAUCUCCCCCGCCUCCCCCGGAUCCCCUUCUACGUCUCCAUCCUCGGUCUCUGGAGCGACAUGGGCCAAGACGAGAUCUACGAGCGCUGGCUGCGCGCCCCGCUCGAGAAGCACGGCGCCGUGCUGAUCUGGUUCGCCGGCCGCUGGAGUAUCCUCGUCACUCGCCCGGACCUGCUCACAGACAUGUUCCGCAACGAGGACCUGUACGCGAAAGCCGGCAGCCAGAAGAAAAUCCCCUGGUCCGUGAUCGCGACGCUGGUCGGUGAUAACAUCAUCAACUCGCACGGUGACACUUGGAAGCUGUACACGUCCAUCAUGAAGCCCGGGUUGCAGAAGAAGACCUUCGAUUCGCGGCCGCUACUGGUGAAAUCGAGGCGGUUCGUGGAUAAGAUCCUCGAGGAUCAGGCGACUGCGGGCAAGCAGGGAAUCCUUGUCAAUGCGUAUGUGCAGAAGUGGGCGGUGGAUGUGAUGGGAGUGAGCUUUUUGGAUAUGGAUCUACAGUCUCUCGAGAAGCCUCACGGCGCAGUUCGCCUCGAAUCCAUCCAAUCCGUCAUCAAAAUGACGCUUUUCAGACCCCUGUUCUUCAACUUCCCGGACCUCGAUCAGUUCGCCUGGCUGCUGAGCUCGCGCAAGCGCGCCUACGAGAUCAUGCACGAGUUCGGCGACACCCUCGCGGAUAAGGUGCUCGCGCAGAUGGACGACGCAACCGCCAAGGGCCAGAAGCCCGAGGAGGAACAGGUCGUGCACAUGCUCGUCGCCGCGUACCGCGACGGGCGGCUCACCCAGAAGCAGUUCAAGGAUAAUCUGAAGAUCGUGUUUCUGACCGCGCACGAGAACGCGCAGCAGCUGGUGAAUUCGAUGUUCUGGGAGAUUGGGAAGAAUACUGAGGUACAAACCCGUCUUCGCGCCGAGAUCCUCGCCACGGGGACCUCCAAUCCCACCGCCGACAUCGUCAACCCCCUGCCAUAUCUCACCUCAGUCAUCUACGAGCUCAUGCGUCUCUACCCGCCCGUCUCCCAGCUCAUCAACCGCGUCACGACGGCCCCGGCGAUGCUGGGCGGGCAGAUCCCCAUCCCUGCGCGGACGUUUGUCGGCUGGAAUUCCUACGGGGUGCAUGUCAACCCGCAGGUCUGGGGUGCGGACGCGCAGGAGUUCGUGCCUGAGCGCUGGGGCAGCACGGUGAGUGAGAUGCAUGCGCGGUUCCGCCGGGAGACGGUGCGCGGGACGUAUAUCCCGUUCAAUGCGCAUUCGCGGAAGUGUCUUGGGCAAGCGUUUGUCUUGUUGCAGAUGAAGAUUCUGAUGUUUGAGUUGUUGAGGAGGGUGGAGUGGAGGGUUGAUCCGGGGUAUAAGUUGAAGAUGACACCGGGCGGAAUCUUGGCUCCAUUGGGCUGUCGGGUGAUUCUCACUGAGAUCCAAGAGAAGGAAAAGUGA